AGUAAUGAGGUGAAAGGAAGUGCAAAUAUGGAGAAAGAAGGAUGUGUCAGAGCAAUGGAAUUCAUAGAGAACCAAGGUUUAGAAGUAGGACUGUUUCUAUCUGAUCGGCACAUACAAAUUUCUAAGUGGAUGCGUGAGGAAAUGCCUGAGACUGUUCACAAAUAUGACGUGUGGCACAUUGCAAGAAGUUUUCAGAAGAAGGUUGAUAAAUUGGGAAAGCAAAAAGAUUGUGAAAGUGCUCAACAAUGGGGACGCAGUAUGACUAAUCAUCUUUACUGGUCUGUCAUGUCAUCAGAAGAUGACAAUAGUUUACCAGUGAAAGAAAAAUGGCUCUCCUUAAUUAAUCACUUACAUAACAAGCACAAAGGCCAUGGUACUAUAUUUAAAAAAUGUCAACAUGGUCGUGUAAAGAAAAAAAAGUGGCUUAAGCACAAUACUAAAGUUAGUGAAAAGCUUACAGAUAUUAUAUCCAAUAAAAGGCUUUGCAACGACAUCAUAAUGGCAUCUAACACCAAUCAAACAUCGCUAUUAGAAGCUUAUCAUAGUUUCAUAAAUCACUUUGCACCAAAACAUACAGCAUUUUCAUUCUGUGGGAUGAUAUCACGACUUCGUCUAGCUGCAUUGCACUAUAAUAAAAAUAGUGCCAAAGAUAUAACAAGAACAAAGACUGGACAAGACUGUUACAGCAUUUCAUUUCCAAAAUAUAAAAAGGGCCAACACACUGUUCGAAGUAUUAAGCAAAAAAGUACUUAUGGAUACAUGGAAGAAGUUGCCUUUGAAGUAUUUGAACAGACAUCUAGACCGCCAGUAGCUUGUCUUACUCAGCCACCACCUUUGGCUAGCCAAUUUGUAAGACCAAACAAAAAAGAAGCAGUUGAGAAUCACCUUAGCAGAUUUAAGAAAUUGUCUUAG